UUUUUUCUUGCGCCAAGUGGAAAGGGUAUCGACUAUCCUACCAGUUUUUUGUUUUUUGUUUUUUGUUUUUUUACUGAAAUUCAUCUCAAAUAUUGUCGACUCUCUCACUCACUCUCAACUCUCUCUCUCUCUAGAAACGCACAUGAGAAAUUCCCAACAAAUUUCUAAAUAAAUAGCGAAGAUUGGGGUGAAAUUCUGAAGAAAUCGGAAUGGUUUCAGCUAAGGGUAAAGAGAAGGUAACUGAUGCCGGUGGAAAGGGGAAGAGGAAGCGGAACGGCCGCGGAGGAGGCGACGAUGACAAGACGGGGCGGAAACGGAAGAGCCCCGGCGCGAUUCGGUUUAUCGAUCAUUCGGCGUACGAGGACGACGCCGAAGAGGAUUCCAGCGAAUAUUCCAGCGAUGAUUCCGGCUACGAUAGUGAGUUGUUUGAAGAUCAUCUUGGCUCUGAGGUGAAAGUGAACAAUGAUCCUGGGAAAGCAUCUAACCUUCAGCAUGUUAAAGAAGAAGCAAUGAGUGAGGAAGAGUACGAUAGAAUGAUGGAAGAGAGAUACAAACCUGGAUCUAGUUUUGUUACUUAUGCAGAAGAUGGUUAUGAUCAGAAAAAUUCCAUUGACAGCGUAUAUGUGCCAUCUGCCAUGGAUCCAACAAUAUGGAAAGUCAAAUGCAUGGUUGGGCGAGAGAGAUACUCAGCAUUGUGUCUUAUGCAAAAAUAUGCGGACUUGGCAUACUUGCAAAAUAAGCUGCAGAUAAUAUCUGCAUGUGCACUUGAUCAUUUAAAGGGUUUUAUCAUUAUUGAAGCUGAGAAGCAAAAUGAUAUCUACGAGGCAUGUAAAGGUCUUUCCACAAUAUAUUUAAGUAAAGUCACAGCUGUUCCGAGUAACGAAAUCUCUCGUUUAUUAUCAGUCAGAAGUAAGUCUAGUGCAAUAUCAGAGGGCGAUUGGGCCCGUGUGAAGAAUGGGAGAUAUAAAGGUGAUCUGGCAGAGGUUGUCCAUGUGAAUGAGGAACGGAAGAAAGUCACUGUGAAACUGAUACCAAGGAUAGAUUUAAAAUCAAUGGCUGAAAAAUUUGGUGGAGGAAUUCCUGCUAAAAGGACAGCAAUCCCUGCACAGAGGCUGAUUACCCAUAGCGAGCUUGAGGAGUUCCGCCCCCUUAUUCAAAGUCGGCGAGACCGUGAUACUGGCAAGAUGUUUGAGAUUCUUGAUGGAAUGAUGCUGAAUGAUGGCUAUCUGUACAAAAAGAUAGCAAUAGACUCAUUGAGUUUUUGGGGUAUAAAGCCUACUGAAGAUGAGCUCUUGAAGUUUGAGCCAGCAAAGAAGGAUGAAUCUACUGAUGUACAGUGGCUUUCCCAACUUUUUGGUGAAAAGAAGAAAAAGGAAGUCAAACGUAUUAAGCCUGACAAAGGGGGUGGGUCCGGUGGGAAAUCAGAGGGAUCCUCUAGUGCCAAUCCCGAAAAUAAUUUUGAAUUGCACGACCUUGUAUUUUUUGGCCGGAAGGAUUUUGGUGUUGUGAUUGACACAGAGAAGGAUGAUACUGUCAAGGUCAUAAAAGAAGGUUCUGAAGGACCACUAGUUGUCACUGUUAAACAAAGUGAGCUGAGAAUUGCAUCUUUUGAUAGGAAAUUAUUCACUGUGUUGGAUCAGCACUCAAAUACUGUAACUAUCAAUGAUGAAGUUCGUGUUUUGGAUGGUCCAUUGAAGGGUAGACAAGGUAUCAUUAAAAAGAUCUAUAAAGGGGUACUGUUUUUGUAUAACGAGAGUGAACAGGAGAAUAAUGGCUAUACAUGCAUCAAAGCACAAGUAUGCGAGAAAGUCAAUCUUUCUGGUGAUGACCCAAAUGAACAGGAAGGUGAGCCAGUACCUUCAGGCUUUGCAGAUUUGACGUCUUCCCCGAAAUCUCCACUGUCUCCCAAUAAAUCUUUGCAAGAGAAGGAUAACAAAAGAAACUUUUCACGGGAUGAUAAUGAGAUGUUUUCUGUCGGCCAGUCAUUAAGAAUUCGUGUUGGCCCUUUAAAGGGUUAUAUUUGUCGAGUGUUGGCUGUUCGUCGCUCUGAUGUCACAGUGAAACUGGAUUCUAAGCAUAAAAUUAUUACUGUGAAAAGUGAGCACUUGUCUGAAGUUCGUGAAAGGAAUCCUGCCAGCGCCCAGGGAGAGGAUUCUGGGUCUGUAAAACCAUUUGAUUUUCUUGGAGGACAGGACGGGUCAAGAGACUGGAUGGACGCGGCAGCAUUGUCAACAGAGGACAAUAAAUGGAACGCAGGCGGAUCUGUGGAAAGGUCUUCGUGGUCUGCUGUUCCUUCAUCUGAUGUCUCUGUACCAAAGGAAUCUGGUUCUGGUGAUCCUGCUGAUGAUCCUAAGAAAGAUGAGUCUUCUUGGCAACUAAAAGAGACCCCGAACCAGAGUUCUUCAUGGGGUGCAGCUGCAGCCAACACAGGCUGGGGCAAACCUGUUGAGCCCCAAUUAGUCAGUUCUGGUGAAGCAUUAAAAGAUGAUUCUUGGGGAAAAGCUGCAGAAAAGUGGAAUAGUGGAGGUGAUGCUUCUGCUAGUAAAGUAGUCUGGGGGCAGGCUGGAGUUUCAUCAGGGAAACAGAUUGAUGGAGAUCUCGAUCAACCUGAAACAAGUGCAUGGGGUAGUGCAGGUGGCACAUCAAAUGUCGAUGCAGUUGGUUGGGCAGUGUCAGCUGCUGAUAAGCAAGACAGUCAGACAAAAGGCUGGACUACUGGAAAGGGAGGUGAUGAUGUUGCUGAGAACAACCAGAACGACAGUUGGGCUAAACCUAGUUCUGUUUGUGCUAAUAGUGGAACUUCUUGGCCUAAGCAGGACAGUAAGUCAUCAUGGGGGAAAUCAGAGGGCACAACUUCAUGGAGCAAGCAAGAUGGUGGAUCCUCAUGGGGCAAGAAAGAGGAUGCAUGCCAAGAAAUGAGCUGGGGAAGUCCAAAGACAUUUGAUUCGGGCCGUGGUUCAGGGGGAAGGAACGGCCGAGGAGGGCGCCGAGGAGGAAGGGAUAAUUAUGGUCGGGGAAGAUCUUUUGAUCAGGAUCAGUCAAGUAGCUGGAGUAAAGAAGGUCAAUUUGGUGGGUCAAAUGAUGCUGGGAAAACUGCAAGUUGGAGCAGCAACCCAGCAGGUGGUUGGGGAAAUUCCGUGUCUGAUGAGGGCAGUAAGGGUAAUGAUGGAUGGGGAAAAAAAAAUGAGUCUGAAAAGGGCGAGGAAUCAGCAUGGAAUCGAGGAUCUAAUGCAAAUAAGGAUGGUGGUGGGCAGGAGUGGGGUAGUACAAAUCCUGAAGGGAGUAAGCCUAGUGGCUGGAAUGUUUCGAAAGAUUCCAACAGUGGUGAUUCAUCUGGUUGGGGUAGAUCAUCCAAUACAAAUGAACAAGCCGGUGCAGCUGGUAGUGGUGGCAGUAGUUGGGACAAAUUGCAGAAGCCAAAUGAAAAUAACAAUUCUUCCUGGAAUGCCGCAGCCACUUCUGUGGAUGGGAACCAGUCGUCUGGUUUGAGCAAAGAAAAUAACUGGGGCAGUCAGAAAGCUUCCGAGGAAAAUAGUGGUUGGAAUCAGAGUUCUGCAGGCAAUGGAAAAGAUGGGUCGAGUGGUUCAUGGAAUGUUGCAAAGAAUAAUGACGAUUCAUCUACUGGAUGGAAAAAUAAUGGCAGUUCAUCUGCUGGAUGGAAGAGUAACGAAGGUUCAUCUGCUGGAUGGGGUCAAAGCAACUGGUCAAAAAAAUUUGGCACAUCUGAAUCUGGUGGGAACCAGGAUGGUACUUGGAGUAGUAAAAGCAAUUGGAACUCAGGGGGUGGUUUUAAUGACCGUAACAAUCAAGAUGAUGGUGGAAGAGGUGGAGGUUGGAGAGGUCGGGGUGGGAGAGGUGACCGUGGUGGUUUCCGAGGUAGAGGUGGAUCAGACAGUGGUGACUUUGGAGGUAGAGGUGGCCGAGGCAGGUUUGGAGGUAGAGGAUCUGAUAGGGGAGGAUAUGGUGGUAGAGGUGGCUCUGACAGAGAGGGUUUCCGUGGGAGGGGUGGCUUUAGAGGCAGAGGAAGAGGUGACUGGAACGACAGAGAAGAUAAUUCAAAUCAGGACAGAUCCUCUAGCUGGGGUAGGGGUUCAAACAGUGAUGGUGGGGGAUGGAAGAGCACUGGGAAUGCUAGCAGUUGGAAGCAAGGAGAUGGUGGAAAUAGUUGGGGUUCAAGUUGGAACCAACCAAAAGAUAAUGCAUCGCAGGGCGGCACUUGGAACCAGAGAGGCAGCGACAACAAUCAGACUCAGGGUUGGAACCAAUCCAAAGGGGAUGCAUCAAGUUCGGUAAAAGCUCAAGCUGGGGAAUGGGGUAAGACUGAUUGUAACAAGGAUUCUUUGCAAAGUGAUGCUGGCGGCGGUGCCUGGGAAUCAUUUACUGCUCCAGCAAGGGAAGCAUCAGUUGGCUGGGGUAAACCAGCUGCUAACAAGGAGACGAGCAGCUGGAAUAGUAAUCCGGCCUCGAAUGACAGAACUCAAUCAAGUUGGAACCAGUCCAAAGGGGAUGCAUCGGGCUCGGUAAAUGUUCAAGCUGGGGAAUGGGGUAAGGCUAAUGAUUCUAACAAGGAUGCUGUGCAAAGUGAUGCUGGAGGCAGUGGCUGGGGUAAAGCAUCUGCUAACAAGGAGACAAGCAGCUGGAAUAAUAAUCCGGCCUCAAAUAAUGGAACUCCAUCUGUUAAAGCUUUAGAGCAAGCUGAUACAAGGGAGAAAGCAGCAGGGAGCUCCUGGGGAGCUCCCCCUGUAAAUAGUAGUUCUUCAGGAGGCUGGAACAAACCAGAAAUUACUGUUGAAGGACCAUCUGACGCUGCAACGGGCGCCUGGGGAGCUCCCUCCACAAUUAAUAGUUCUACUAAGGAUGAAGGACCAUCUGAUUCAUGGGGUAAAGCUGCUACGAGCACCUGGGGUAGUGGAAGUGGAAGCGGCAAAGGAGGAUGGUGAGAAUGUCGAGGUAUAGAUGCUGGCAAGAGCUGGAAUGUCCUCAUCAUGGAGUGGUGGCAAUAAUACACCUCUCUUCUAAAUAUGUUAUUAUUGUUAUGGAAAUAUGACUAGUUUUUAAGCCUUAUGAAAUUUGGACAUGGCUUAGUAUUCUCAUGACUAGCAGCGCAACCCUUUUGGUAAUGGAAGAUUAUGUGCGCGUAAUAUAUCUAUGCAUAAUUCUGAUAAAAUUUCUAAUC